AUGUUCUCGUUGUUCUUCUUUAUUUUACACGAAAUAUCCGCCUUAAUUGGUCUUCUGACCAACUUGGUGACGAUUACUGUGAUGAUGACCGAGGAAAUGAGAAAGAUGCCGGUUGGUUUUUUUUUUCUUUUUCAAAAAAAAACUGUUAUCAGCUAGAUGAAUAUUUAUUUCAGAAUGACUUUUCAGGACACACCUCUACGAAUUUCCCUAUCAAUUUUCGAAAUUCUCUGGGUUGUGACUAGAGCCUUCACUUAUUAUAUGUAAGUCACAAAACAUACAAAUUCAAUGACUUGACAACAAAAAAAAACUUUCAAUCUCAUAAAUUUUGAUUUCCUCAGUGAAUUCCUAACCGGUGCGAUUCUUUACGUCGUCAGCGGCUUGUUUUUCUUGAUGUCUAUGAUUUGUGUCGAACGCUGGAUUGUGACUUUCCGACCAGACUUGGUAAUCAAUAUCUAACUCUAGUUUUUCGGAUCUUUCUUCUAGGCAAAAGUCUGGUGCACCAGGAAAAAUAUCUUCAUCUUUACGAUUACCAUGAUGGGUGUCUCGAUUUUCUGGCACACGCCGUACGAUUCCGACAAUGGGUUUGUUUAAUGAUGAAAAUCAAUAGAGAAAGGAUAAAUUUCAAAAAUUUUCAGUCAGCCCAUUCGCAUAGAAAAUUUAUCGAAAAAUUCUAAAAGUGUAAAUUGAUUUCGAGACGUUUUUAGUUUUUUUUUUCCUGAAUCCGUCAUUAAUUUAUUCGCCUUUAUUUUCACAGGGUAUUCAGUAAAAAGAAAAACAUGUUUUCAAUGCAGAAUUUAAUUUUGAAACAUUUUUGCUCAACUUGAGGCGAACCUUCUCUAUGUGGGUUUCUAUUACGCUGCAGUUCUGCAUUCCGACUCUUCUCAUCGUAGCCACGCUGCCAAAAUUGAUCAAGGGCUUGAUGUAUAAAGCGGAAUCUAUCGAAGACUCUUACCAGGUUUUUUUUUUCCAUGAAAAAUUAUUAUAGAAUGAGAAUUGAGGCUUCCGCCGAGCACCGUAAGACCUUGGUGAUGUGCAUCGUCGUCAUGAAAUAUCUGAUCCUGUGGGGUCAUCUGCAAUUGUCGCAUUUUCUCGACCCUCUUCAUUCUGAUAUUGAUGUUUCACCAGAAAAAAAAAAUCAUCUAAUUGAUAAAAAUCUAAAUUUUCAGUUUAUUCAUCCCGCAUACAAACGAUAUGUGAAUAAUGUCAUAAACUUCGCGUUGAUGUUCAACUGCGCGUCGACCUUUUUAGUUUAUUUAAUCUGGUGGGAUCUCUACCGCAAGAAAUUGGUUGAAAUGUGAGUUAUCCCUUUUUCGAGAAUGGCGAAAAUUGUGAAAAACUGAUUUUAGAAUGGGGUGUCUUAUCUUUUGCCGCCGAUCCUCCACGCCAAACUCGAUAAAUCCGGACCAAAACUUGUUUACCAUGUGA